AUGACGGAGAAGGUUUCUCGUGGAUCAUGGUCCACUGGUUUAUGCGACUGCUUCUCAGACUGUGGCUCUUGUUGCCUCACUCUUUGGUGUCCCUGUGUUAGCUUUGGAAGGGUAGCUGAGAUCCUGGACAAAGGGUCAAACUCUUGUUGUUUGCAUGGAUCACUGUUCUAUUUCCUUGCUAUUUUUACUCAGCUGGGAGCCUCUAUCUACGCGUGGUUUUAUCGUACAAAAUUCAGGGAGGUGUAUGGGAUUGAGGGACACCAAUGUAAAGAUUGUUUGGUGAGUUUUGUGUGCCCCUGUUUAUCCCUUUGCCAAGAGUAUCGUGAGCUCAAAGCCCGUGGAUUUGACAUGUCUGUUGGUAAGUUGGGAAGGGAACGUGCAAAUGCGCACACGUGGUGUGAUGUCAGCACCGGCAGUGGAGGGUGGCAUGAGCCGUUGAGCUGGACUGUGUGUGAGACUGUCUGUGGCAUUAGGGUUUGUUUGGAGUGA